AUGGUGGUGGCUCUGCGCGAACAGGCGCCCAAAAAGUCGCGCCUCUCGCUGUUUCGUCUGGGCAAGGCGACCAAGUCCGCCGCGCCAUCGCGUCAAGACGCCUCUACGCCGCGCUCGUACCCGGACGCAUCCUCGAUCCCACGCAACUCCCAGGGCGACGGUGCGCGUUUGGCACGUCAGACUGCAAGCCAAGGUGCGGCACCCGUGAUUGCUGUGCACUACCAGUACCCAACGUCGACCAACCUACCAGGCGGGUACGACUGGCCUGCUACGAUCGAGAGUGAUGUGGACGAUCGCCGACGCACGCGAGCUGACUCGCUGCCGAUGCAGACCAUGUUUGCGGACCGAGAGGCGCGCGCGGGUAAGCACUCGCGCCAACGAUCGCACUUUAGCAUCCCGGAUGUCAUUGUGACGUCGUGCGAUGAUGACGAGCAGCACGUGGUCGAGGUGCAUGUGCCGCCCAACAAACGACGCAGCUAUGUUCUGCGCGACACCGAUGCUUCCCCGCGCAGCAAGCCCAGCAAGCCCAGUGACCCGCACCCGCGCCGACCAGAACCACUCAUCCGCUUCGACUCGGACGAGAUGCGUGGUAUGACGCGCACCUCCUCCGUGUCUAGCCUCACCUCGCCUGUCGCCGAAAGCAAUGCGUCGACACCUACGUCGUCAGCGAGCUCGAGUUUGUCCAAGGGGUCGGGAAAACGCAUGCGCAAGGCAUCCUUCCCGUCGCUCUUCAGUCGCAAGAGCCUCGAUUCGUCGCGCGUCGAAGAGCCGAUGCCCAUCAGCCCCGUCACACCCAGCUCCGCACCCGCUGCACCCGGUGCGUUUGAUCGACGUCAACCCGACGGUCUGCUUUUCUCGGCCCACUCGGGUGCCACUCCGGGUGCCACUCCGUUGCCCUCUCCACCUGCAACGCCUACAUCGCCCGUGCAAAAGCUGAGCAAGAAGGAGCUCAAGGCGCGGCAGAAGCACGAACUCGCGCUCAUUCGUGAAGUCGAGCGUGUCGACAGACUCGUCAAGCAACACGAUUCAAAGGCACGCAAGGCGCAGGAGAAACACGAGGCGAAGCAGCGCAAGCGACAGGAGAAACUCGCAACUGCAAAUGCAGAGUUCCACCCCGCACCCUCCGCACCUUCGGUAGCUGCGGGUAGGACGAUCUUCCAGGCAGCAACGCGAGUGACGCCUGGGUUGGGGCGGAGGAGCAGCACGCGAGGGUUUGCAGGUGAGAGACGUGGGUCGGAACCCACGAUCCCCUCGGCGAGCGUAGAGCCACGCGCUGCAGCGACACCGUUUAGCAUCGACUUGCCCUCGGCUGCGAGGAUGCCCUUCGCCGAGCCUAGGACUGCACCCAAGCCAGCAUUCGCACCUGCGUACAAGCCGAUCAAGGCGCCGCUGGGCACAAUGCCGACGGGACAGAGUGUUUCGCCCCCCAGGCCCCUGCGUCCUGCACCACCCCCGCCUCAAGAUGAGCCGCGACACCAACUGGCGAGCUGGGACGAUCUGUCAUUUGCUGCCCCGCUGCCGAGCUUGAUCCCGGCUUCCACCGAGAUCAACAGCGCAGCUGGAGAGGAGGCGGACAGUGUGGUGGAGCUCGACGAGGCGGCGCGGCGUGCGCGGCGCGCGAGCGUACAGCGCGUGCUGGCGCUCUCCGACGAGGGCGGCCGGCUGCACAAGCGCGGUUCGCUGCGCAAGCGCACCUCAAUCCAGACACUCAAGCGACGCUCCGAGGACGACUUUGUGAAGAUGGACAAGCGCAGUGGCCUCAUCCCGCGCGUGGGUGCCGACGAGGGCUGGAUCCUCCAAGACGCCGCUGCCGACGAUAGCACCGCGGUCCAGGUGGAUGCACGCGAGUGGAUCGAAGACGACCCUGACUCGCACAGUCUGCUUCAGCAGCAAGGCGAGGUCGACCGGGUCUUGGCGGACCUCCAUGCUGCCCAGGAGGAUCAUUUGCGCCGACGAGAAGCGACAACCCGAGUGGCAGAUUCGCCUCCAAGGCCCGCGAGGUCGACACGCAGACAGGAACCGCGCAGCGAGUCGAUCGACUCGUCCGACUCGUCGGGCACUGCCAUCACCACUGAAAGCGCGUCCAAAGACGUCGUCUGCUUCUCCAGACCCUUUUCACCACAACCAGCCCUCGAGACCGACAGCUCGCACGACAAGGCGUUUACACUCGAACUCGCCCUGUCGCCUCUCCAGCCCUUGGACAUCUUUACUACAGACGCGCAUGUUUAG